AUGUCCACUAUGGUGGACUCCACCGUCGAGGCGGCUGACCCCGCCUUGUUAUCCUCUCAGCCUUUCAUUAUGGCGCACGAAGAGGAAGCGCCGCGGAGAAAACCACCAGAGGAGUUGCUCGCAGAGCGGCUACAAGAACUCAAGAAAUAUCGGUACGCCAUUCCUGACGAUCCCGAGACCGACGCUUCUGGAGCUAGCGCUUACCUGGCGGUUUGCACGGAACUAGCCAAGACGACCGGUGUAAAAGGUCCAACGAAUUCUAUCGCGAAAGAUCUGGCCGCCGAGAGCGAGGUACUAGACUUAUCAUACGCAGGGUUAGGUGCGAAGGGAUGCGCAGCGCUGGCCGCCGCCCUUCGUGUUACGUCGGCAGUGCAGUCGCUGAUUCUGGUCGGCAAUUACAUUACUCCGUCCGCAGCGCUGGAGGUGGUGAGCGCCAUAAACUAUGCGCGUAUCAUUCACUCUCUGAACCUGUCGAAGAAUCAGAUAGGCCGCGUGGAGGCGAUGCGGAAGGGUGCACAUACCGUGACCACCGUCUCCGGCGGCGCUGUGGUAAACGAGGCACUCGCCCCUGGCAGCACACUGCGCUCUUUGACGCUCUCGGACAACUACCUCAGUGACACCGACGUCGCUGACUUUUCGGACACCCUAGCUGAGAACAUCACUCUGCACGAGUUGGACUUGAGCUACAACCGCAUCGGCUUUGUCGGAGCGACGGAGCUGGCCAAGGUACUGUCCCGAAACGGCGACUUGCGCGUACUAAACGUCGAAUGGAACCCCCUGCGAGCCGCAGGGGCGUACCUCCUGCUCUCUGAAGGGCUGCUGCAGAACAACACCAUCAAGGAGUGCAACCUGAGCUCUUGUGGGCUAGACGACAAGUGCGGGCAAUUGGUGGCACGUGUCAUAUCAGAGAAUGCCAUCGAGGAGGUGAUCAUCGCCAACAACCGUAUUGGCCGCGUGGGUGCAGAGGCCAUCGCUCGCACCCUGCCGUCUACGUCUGCGUUGACUACGCUGGUCAUAGAUGGCAACCCCAUCGGUGACUCAGGAAGUGCAGCACUGCUGGAUGUGGCUUUGAGCGGCAGCGUUUCCACGCUUCGCGUGAUAAGUUUGCAACACUGUAGCUGCAACGACCCCUCCAUCAUCCAACGCGGGCAGGAGGCCUCCAGCGCAACUCUCACCAUUCGUAUUUCUGAGAGUGUGUAG